AUCAGUGCAUACCGUCCUCAGCACAGGGAGAAGUUAGCGCUCGACUGCCAGUCUGGUCCGUAGCCACGAUGGAUGCAUUACUAUGCCUUUUGGUCGUUCUUAUUGUCGGGACAAGGAUACAAGAAAACAGCGCUCUUCAGUGCUACUGUGAUCGAUGUAGCGCAAAUUCCAGCUGCACAACAGAUGGCGUUUGUUUCGUCGCCAUCCGCAAGGUGGGCAGCCGCCCCAUCACGGAGCAGCGCCAGUGCAUACACGAAUACGAACUGAUACCCCGAGACAGGCCCUUCCUCUGCGCGCCCUCUGUCAAAGAUGACACAGGGAUUUACCCGUUGUGCUGCACCUCGGACUACUGCAACAAAGAGCCUGACUUUGAAAUGUUACCUGGGCCCACAGAGAAGCCUUCUCCAUUGGGUCCCGUGGCUCUUGCCGCAGUAAUUGCCGGCCCGGUGUGUCUGCUCUGCCUGCUGCUCGUGGUGGCCUUUUAUGUUUGCCACAGCCACAGGGGCCUAGGCGCCGGGGGAGCUGGUGCCCAUCACCACCAUCAUCACCGAGUUCCCAAUGAAGAGGACCCCUCCAUGGACCAUCCUUUUAUCACUGUUGGAACAACACUCAAGGAUCUCAUCUACGACAUGACGACCUCUGGAUCUGGAUCAGGUCUGCCUCUGCUCGUCCAAAGGACCAUCGCCAGAACCAUCAUCCUUCAGGAGAGCAUCGGCAAAGGACGUUUUGGCGAGGUGUGGAGGGGCAAGUGGCGCGGUGAAGAAGUGGCGGUGAAGAUCUUCUCCUCGCGCGAAGAGCGCUCUUGGUUCCGCGAAGCCGAGAUCUAUCAGACCGUGAUGCUGAGACACGAGAAUAUCCUGGGCUUCAUCGCUGCGGACAACAAAGAUAAUGGGACGUGGACACAGCUCUGGCUGGUGUCGGACUACCACGAACACGGCUCUCUGUUUGACUACCUGAACAGAUACACCGUCACCGUGGAGGGCAUGAUCAAACUGUCCCUGUCCACAGCCAGUGGCCUCGCCCACCUCCACAUGGAAAUAGUGGGCACACAAGGCAAGCCAGCUAUUGCUCACAGGGACUUGAAGUCAAAGAACAUCCUGGUGAAAAAGAACGGGACUUGCUGCAUCGCUGACCUGGGUCUAGCCGUCCGCCACGACUCCGCCACCGACACCAUUGACAUUGCUCCGAAUCACAGAGUUGGAACCAAAAGGUACAUGGCUCCAGAGGUGUUGGACGACUCUAUAAACAUGAAACACUUUGAGUCCUUUAAACGGGCCGACAUUUAUGCCAUGGGUCUGGUCUUCUGGGAGAUCGCCAGCCGCUGCUCUAUGGGAGGCAUUCAUGAGGACUACCAGCUUCCUUACUAUGACCUGGUUCAGUCGGAUCCAUCGGUAGAAGAGAUGAGGAAGGUAGUUUGUGAGCAGAAGCUUCGGCCCAACCUUCCUAACCGCUGGCAGAGCUGUGAGGCCCUGCGAGUGAUGGCCAAGAUAAUGAGGGAGUGCUGGUACGCUAACGGUGCUGCCCGACUCACUGCGCUCCGAAUCAAGAAAACCCUGUCUCAGCUCAGCCAACAGGAGGGAAUCAAGAUGUAGACACAUCGUCAUCAUCAUCAACCAAACACACACACUUUUUCCCCACUCGUCCAUAUCAUCAGCAUCACAGCAUUUUAAUAUUUGUCACCACUUGCUGGUUGUUCCUCCCUUUAAAGGGAAGUGAAGACCCCCUCUCAACCUUCCCCUGGGUUUUUUUUGUUUGUUUUUUUUUUCAUUUUUAUUCAUUGAAAAACUAAUGAAUCCUGUGAAACUCAGGAACAUCUACAUAUGUGUGUUGAACUGGGCGCACACAGAUGGCUGGAUUUAUGGAGAAAUUUAUAGAUGAAGGAUAAGGGAUUAAGGACGCAUAAAGGGUCGUCUUUCCUCAUUAUCUGCCAUGGUCUCACACACACACACACACAUGCAAAUACAUAACUAAUAAAAGCUCAGGCAUCAUCAGGUAAACUAUGGUCCAGACCUUGAUCUGGGAAAACCAUCAAGGAGGCUUCUGAGCUGCUGGUGCUUCAUUCUCAUCUGCUCAUCUUCAGAUUAGCACGUUAGCAUUUCAGUCUGUACUGCAGAGGGUAAAAUACUCAUUAGUAGGGCUGCAUACGAUAUCACUGUUUACACUUUCAGUAAUUACAUUUUAAAAAAAAAGAAAAAAAAAAGCUUCAGUUUUAAACUAAAUUCUACCCAAAAAAAUAAUGUUUGCGUAUCCAGCCCAACAUGCAAAAAUCGUCACGUGUUUUAUUUAAUUAUUCCAUUCUAUGGUAAUAUACAUAAAAAAGAAAAAAAAAAACAGUUAUCUAAAAACAUUUAGUUUUUUUAGAGGGCCACAAGGGGGAGUCACGAUCUUUGUAGACUCGUCUGAUACUUUUUUUAUUUUCAUUUUUUUUUUCAACUAUCUCAUGUCCAAUACCGAUGCCUUCUUUCCUCCUCGAUCACGCUGCGAGCUGCCGUUACUGAGGUGGUCGUGUCUCUGUUUUACGGCAUGUCGCGCAAAGUAAAAAUUAGCAUUUAGGCUUAGCUAUCAGAUCAGAUGGAUUUUUUUUGUUAUUAUUUUUCAAGUCGGAUAUCAGGGCAUUCUGUUUCUAAAUAUGUUUUGGGAAAUUCCGUUUUUUUUUUUGUUUGUUUGUUUUUUGUUUUUAAUCUCAACAUAUCUUCAGUUUAUAUUUCGAACGACCAUUUUUUAUCGUGACUAGAUAAAAAAAAACCCAGAAAAUAAAUUUCUGUUUACGUUAAAUGAAUCGUAUCAGUAUUUAAUAUUAAUAUUAAUAUUCCCUUUUUUUUAUUUUAAUUCAAAAUAUUGUGUUGGGUUUUAGUAUAAAAAAAAAAGAAUAUCAACCUACAGACGGUGUAGAAAUGUUAAUCGCUUCUGUUCGUUUUCAAUUUAGUAAGUAAAGUAAAAUAAAAAGAAAUUAAGCAUGAUGUUUGUCAAAGUAUAUUGCAGUAUAUUGCAUGUACGUUUAAGUUGAUGUCAAAUUGACCAGGAUUAUGAGAAUUUGUAUUUAUUUGUAUUGCGGCCCUACUAUAGAGUUGUUUUUUACCGCAGCAUAGAUGUGACACCCGCGCAGACACACACACACACACACCAGCUUCUUUUGUUGAAGUUUUGUGCAGAAACCUUUGCAACAGUAUUUGCACCUGUUUUUGUGUUCUGAUCCAGCUCCCUCGAUGCUGUCGGGGGAGCUGCACAGGUCAGCUUAAUUUAUUACUUUUCAUGGUGGCAGGGGAUUCUUUUUAUCGCAAAACAUAAACUGGACACGGUGACCUCAUACAUUCUGAGCAAACAUGCUGCAACGACAAUAGAUAUAAAAAAAAAAAAAAUGUCUAUUUUCUAUACUCUGCUAAACAAACAACAAACGACAGCAACAGCAAUCAGCUGCCACCAUGCCUUCCAAGCCAGCUGUUACCGGAAAGUGCCAGUGCUUUAACAACUCAACUCCUCUCAUGUUGGCCGCGGCGGAGUGUGUGCUGUCGUGAACACGGACAUGUGCGUGUGAGGAGGUCUUCAGAAAGGCCCCCCCUCCCCCCCGGAGUACGGCAAAACUUAUACUAUGCACACCCAAGACAUAGAGAUGAAGGGAAAAAAAACAAAAAAGAAGGGAAGCACAUACUGAGCACCACAGCACCCACAUCCCCCCACCAACUUCUGGUGCCAUUUUGUCAUCCAGCCCCCUGUACACACCCCCCCCCACCUCAGCAACGACUCAUUGUACAGCGUCUCUCUUCUCUCAGCGGGCCGAGUCUUUUCAAGCUCCAGCACCUCAAACUGUGUUACAGUCAGACAGUCGUACAAAAGCUGUUGAAUAGAGACAUGGACUUGUAAGCAUAACUGUCAUUGCCCUGUAUAUGUAAACUUUUUUUUUUUUUUUGUUUCCUUUAUGCAGCAGCAGCAUUAGUAUGGCCCGUACUUUAUAUCAGUAGAAUAAUAGACAAAAUAUCAGUAAGGUACAUUCAUUUAAAUAUAGCAAACAGAUAUUUACUAAGCCAUAGGUUUUACCAGGUUGUUCAUCUUUCUUUUUUUUUUUUUUUGUGGCAAAUUCUUGUUUUUCUAACCGAAUGUACAUUUAUGUAAAACAAAAAAGUACUAAAAAUAGAAAAUGUUUUAAAAAAUAAUAAUAAUAAUAAUAAUGAUGAUGAGAAUUGUCUUGACAGCUUAGCAAGCCUUAAGGGACCAACGCAAAAGAGUCAGGAUCUGCUCUUAAGUUUCUUUCCUAUUUCUGUUUUUUUUUUCAUGUGUAAAUAUAUCAUAGGAAUCAUUAUAUGUAUAUACAUAUAUGUAUAAUUGAUUACUAUGAUGAAUGUUGUGUCAUGAUUUUAUGUUAAAGAAUAUAUAUAUAUGUGUAUGUAUAUAUGUGUGUAUAUAUAUAUACAUACAUAUAUGUGUGUAUAUAUAUGUAUACGUGUAUAUAUAUGUAAAUGUAGCACCUGAUUUAGGUUCGUGUUAGCAGACCGUUUGUCCUGUUGCCGUAAUUGCCACACAUCUAAACCUUUCACUUCUGCGUCGCACACACUGCCUGUGUCGAUACGCCAUUGCUGCACUUUCCUCUUGGUGUUCACAGUCGAGGAACGGCUCGAUCUGAACGAGUAGAAUAAAACUAUCUGAAUAUGUUCUGCCGGACACUUCUUUUCAAAAGCAUCCUAAUUUGGAGUUUUUUUGCAGCAAUAAGUGCACUUUUGGUUUACCUGUGUGGCAGUUUGCAUGUCGUCAAGCCGUCUGUCUAGGUUGUAUGUAGAUUUUCUAUUGUUUUCUUUUCUUUGUUUUUU